GCCGACCUUCGCGUGAAGGUGGCAUUUAUCUGCUGCCCUGGAUUGCUGGCAAGAGUGUGAUAACGAUCCCGGAGUUGCUGCAGGCGCACUUCAGCGAGGAGUCUUGGCCGUCCACAUCGGCAGUCGUCUUUCGCUUGGAGCAGUGCUCGGGAAGGCGGUUGAGCUGGACUGAUGUGGACGCGGCAUGCAAGGGCGAGGCAGGUGGUCCUGUGCGGGCGUCGUACAGAGUGUCGGGUUUCAUUUGGCACGGCAAUGCACACUACGUGGCGUACCUGGUCUGUGGUAGACAAUGGUAUUGCUUGAACGAUGCAGUGAUUUCCGAGGUUGGUGUCGGUGAUCUGCCUUCUGAAGCUUGCUUGGUUUUUAUGGAGAAGACGAUGCGCCGGAAAGGGCGCGUUGCGCUCCAGCGUGCGAUCCGGAUUGGAAAGCCGCUUGACAAGCUUGGCCGGCUGCAGCAGAGGUCCGGCCGGAACCAUGAGCGCUCUGGCCGGAAGCAGGAGCGGUUUGGCCGGAAGCAGGAGCGGUCUGGCCGGAACCAGGAGCGGUUUGGCCAGAACCAAGAGCGGUCUGCCCAGAACCAGGAGCGCUCUGGCCGGAACCAGGAGCGGUCUGGCCGGAACCAGCAGCGGUCUGGCCAGAACCAGGAGCGGUCUGGCCAGAAGCAGGAGCGGUCUGGCCGGAACCAGGAGCGCUGUGGCCGGAACCAGGAGCGGUCUGGCCGGAACAGGAGCGGUCUGGCCGGAACCAGGAGCCCUCCGGAACCAGGAGUGGUCUGGCCGGCAAGAUGGUCGCGAAGCCAGCGGCAAGACGAAGUCUUUUCGGCCAGAGCUUGGUCCAGCAAUCUGGACGGCGGCAGGGGCGACCAAGCCAAUGAGGCGGACAACCCUUUCAAGCGCUUUCAGCAUGCGUCUCGGCUGCAUGUGCACGAGGGCAAGGAGAAGCUGAUGAUGUGGCCGCAGAAGCCGCUUCAACUGGCGGAGCAGCCUUGUCUCCUCUGUGACGGCGUCGGCUUCGCGGUGCGGGAAGAACUUCUGGCUCACAUCGACGAAAUGCAUGGAGGGUUGCAGAGAUAUCGGAACGCUUACCUGCACCUGGAGUCCUUGUGUCCGCACAUCGUUGCAGGCUCCGAAGUGCUACACUAUGUGAGCAACUACGCCGAGUUUUUGCGUCGGUCCGCCAUGGACUGGGAGGCAUCGGCGCUGUCGUGCGCGCGGGAGCGGAUCGGAUGUGCUUUCUGUGCAAGGUGCUUUUGGCGCGAAUCCAUGCAAGAGUGUUUUUUGAAGGGACCAAAAUGUUUUAUGGCAGCGGCAGAAACUGUCUGGGAGAUGUUGUCCGUCAAACGUUACCACGAGAGAUGGCCGCUCAUUCCGACGAAGGAGUUAGAAGCCUCGAGUGUCGACGUGGGCACGGCUCGAUGUCCUGUUCUUGUCUUGCUGCACAAACGCCGAGUAACGGGUGAUAUGGCGCGGGGGAAUUCUCCUGCGGCUGUAUGUGAAGAUUGCGUGGAGGCUUUUUCGGGGCGGAAGCCUUGGCUUUGCAAAUACGCCCUGGCGAACGAUCUGUGCAACCGAUCCAUUACUCUGGAAAGCCAACAUGACACACGAAAUGUGUCUGGCGAGCAAAGCAGGGCGACGGUGAGCCGAAUAGCGCGGCUGCAGCUUCACAGGCAGGAGUUUGUCCAGCAAGCUGAAGCUUUGCGAGAGACGAACCCGGUCUAUCGAAGUGGCGUGGCCGAAAUCAAUCGAGAGCUGUUGGCUGAAUGGUUUUCCAGCGAGGAAUCUGUCGUGCCUCCUCCGGUGCUGGACUGUGUGGUGGCUGUUCCUGUUGGCGAGGACGGGCCCGGCGUGGUUCGGCAAACCGGGCCAGCGGAGGCAACUGAAGUUGUCCAGCGCGCUCGAGAUUCUUCCGAGUCCGAGACCUGCGUGCUCGCCAUGGAGCCGCAGGUGGAGGACUUCAAUUCCCGCGGCCGAGAAAUCUCUAUGCUGGUCGUGAGCAUGUUGCAGAAGUUGGAAGAACUGCAAGAUGCUGGCGCUCGGUCUGUUGCUCUGGAGAUGGAAACUAUGGCGGAGGAGCAGCGCACUCUGGUGGAUCACUUGGGCCGCCAACACAUUCUGGAACUCUGCCUCCAGAUUCACGAGUCUUGCAGGCAACUUUCCGCUGCGGAGAAGCAAAGUCGUCUGGAGCGCGAGUUGCGAGAUGCCGUCAUGGGCAAGUCUCGAUGGUUGAAUGCUUCGGAAGAGGACGGUCAGGCUGCGCAUUUGUUGGUGGCACGUGGCAAGCAGCCAUUGAGUUUGUGGGAUUGGAAGAUUUGGACGAUGGCCAAGCCGAGGUUGUGGCGAUAUGGUGAUGCUGGAUAUCUCUUCGAGAGGGACACAAACCUGUCUACUUCCGAGUGGGCCGCCUGUCUGCUUUUACGCGAAGAGCUUGCUUAUGCUGUCGACGGGGAGCCUGAUGAAGGGGAUGCGGCGUUGCGACCCGUAUUGGGAAGUCAGCCCGCGUCGGAUCCUUCGGAGGCAGUGCGACCCGUAUUGGGGAGCCAGCCCACGCAAAAUCGUUUCUCCGGCGAUUGGACAGCAUUACACAUGAUGGCGACUGUGUCUCGUUUGACUGAUCAACGCUCUGCUGCAUACAAUUUCCUGAAAAACGGUGGCAUGGCAUUUGCGAAGAAACUACGGGAACUCAGCGCAGAGGAUCUCGCCAGUGCCGCCCGCGCCGCGCCGCAGGCCGGGGGUACGGAUCAGUUCUUCAAAGAAGCUGCAGUGCCGCAGACAGUGAAGGAUGCGUUGCACGCCAUGAAUGCGGCUUCUGCCACAGUGUUGGGCACCGAUGGUCAUCGUCGACUGUGUCGGCACGAGGGCGUCGCUUACAUGGAAGCGUUCGGACCUCCGUUGAUUUUCCUGACUCCAAACGUAGCGGAUACUCAGCAUCCGUUGCUUCUGGUGGUUCAAGGGGAAGUCGUCGAUCUGGGUGCUGUGAACGGAGAUAUGGAAACAGUCUUGCCAAAGUAUCGGGACAUGCUGCGACGCUUGGCACAGGAUCCUGUCGCUCAGACCGUUCAGUUCGAGCUUUUGAUGCGUCUGUUUUUCCAGCAUGUCCUGAAUGUUCGACCAGACACACUGGACUGCCGACGCAACGCGCCUCGCCGCGGAGCGAGGGAGUGGUGCAGCGAUGGUGCAGCGGCGGCUUCUACUGGUGCUGGCAUGUUGGGUCCCAUUCUGGCUUUCCGCGGCGAAAUCGAAGCUCAGGGUCGGGGAUCUUUGCAUCCUCACAUUUUGGUUUGGCUCGUUUGUCGUCAUAUGCAAGUUGUGAGCGAUCUGGCGAGAAUGCUGCGCGAAGAGAAACAUGUGCUUCAAGAACGCCUCCGAACUUUCAUGCGCAUGACAGUCGCCAGCUUCGAAUCCAUAGCCCAUGCAUCGGUGCAAGCUGCGCCGCGCAUUUUCGGCGUCAGCUCUGUGGCGCGCAACUUGUGCAAGUAUGAUGGCGGGUGCGAUUUGGAUUUGUUGAGAGAGAUGACGGACUUGUCCGAAGACCAGCAACGAUUUCUUCGUGCUUCUUCAGAAGAGGACUGGCAGCGACCCGAAAUGCAUCUGGAGGAUUCGACAGGCGGCGCUUCGUCGAUUUUCACUUCUCCGAUUAACUGUCUGCCAGUGGCGCAGACUCCAGGCUAUCGCCUGCGGAGUGUGCUCGCCGCUGAAGCAGACCCGGCAGCUGAUGCCGAUGCGUGGCAGUUGGCGUUUUGCCAGGAUCUGCACGAUCUGGCUCCUUCGCUCCUGAAGCACAUGUGCAGCGAGUCGUGCUACAAGUAUUCGGAUUCCUCUGCGACUCGAUGGAAGAUCUGUCGGCACGGCUAUUAUCACGUGGUCGUUUUGUGUGAAGGCUGCCGAGCACGUCGCAAAGGCAAGCCGCUGCGACCCGUCAUUCACAUUGGCAGUGCUGCAGAGAUGGAGUUUGGCUCCGCCGGCAAAAUGCGUCCGAUUCAAUUGACUCCUUUCGAAGUGCAGACCUGCUACGGCGGCACCGUCGCGGGCAGGCAUAAUUUGGACGUCCAGGACAUGCGGCGCGUGCUCGAUCCCGCUUUGUGGCUGAGGGCGAGUGAAAGACUGCCUCAGAUCGCUGGUCCGGCUAAGCAACUUGGCUACAUGGCCGAGUACGAGUGGAACGGCACAGAGUACGAGUCGCGUUCGCCGUUCUCAGCCGUGUCUGUGUCCUGGGCAUCUCGACGACGGCUAGCAGCCGGGUUUCGGGAAGAUUGGUUGCAAGCGCAUCGAGGCAGGAAGUCAAGAGAUGAGUCGCGUGACCCGUAUUGGGAAGCCGACACCGCCGGGAACACUUCCUCGUCUAGCUCUUCUUCCUCUUCAGAGGCAGACGGGGAGAUCGACCUGGACAAGGCCAUUCGCUGUGGAAUCAGCGAAGCAUUCGCAGAUGGCAUCAACAGCGGCUUUUACGUGAACA